GCCUUUAAGAAAGCCUCAGUGCUGACCUGGCGGCCGAGGCAAGCGCACCGCCCGACCAUGUGACAGACUGUGACUUGAGUGUGGUGAAUUUGUGCUAGCACUGUGCCCGUGCGUUAACCCCAUCCCCUGAUAGUGCAUAACCGGAUUUUUGUUCACUAACCGCCCGCGACUCGAAAAAGGUACACAACGCGUGCGAAACAGCCCACGGAAGAGAAAAUCAAUUUCGCCUGUUAUUUAAUAUUGCCUAUUGAGUGCAUUUACGAUGUUGAUAAGGUGUCCGGCGGCACUCUGUGCCGUCGUGCUCCUCCUGGCUGCCACGCCCACUAGUUCAGAGGGAAAUCUAUUCACAUGUCCAAAUGGAUGGGAGUUAAAGGGGUUACACUGUUACAAAUUCUUCAAUAUCAGACAUUCAUGGGAAAAAGCUGCCGAGCUAUGUCGAAGGUAUGGCAGCGAACUGAUGGUAGUAGACAGUUACAUAGAAAACAACAUGACAGCUAGCAUGGUCCCUACUAGUCUUAGCAAUAACCACUAUUGGCUCGGACUUGCUACUGUCGACGACCUCAGAACAAACACACUCGAAUCAGCUGCCGGUGCUUUGGUAUCACAGUACGCAGGAUUUUGGGAUCUCCGACAACCAAAUCCCAAAAAUGGAGAAUGCGUAGACGUUCACAUCACGUCUGACGUCCAAUCAUGGGAACUCACCACUUGCGAAACUCUUCUGCCGUUCAUGUGCAAAGCCACCGCCUGUCCUGCUGGAACCUUCCAUUGUUCAAACGGAAGAUGCAUAAACUCAGCCUUCAAAUGUGACAAGCAAGACGAUUGUGGCGAUGCGUCCGACGAAAUGGACUGCGCUUCCGAGUGUCACUUUUACAUGGCCAGCAGUGGGGACGUCUUAGAGAGCCCUAACUAUCCUCACAAGUACCCACCCUUCAGCGAUUGUAAAUGGACUUUAGAAGGUCCUCAAGGCCAAAACAUUGUUUUACAGUUCCAAGAUUUUGAAACUGAAAAGUCUUUCGACACUGUUCAAAUUCUGGUGGGCGGCAGAACCGAAGACAAAUCAGUCAAUCUUGCGACCCUAUCAGGGAAACAAGAUUUAUCGACAAAACUUUUUGUAUCCGCUUCGAACUUCAUGAUUAUAAAAUUCAGCACGGAUGGAUCAGUCGAAAGGAAAGGUUUCCGUGCAUCAUGGAAAACAGAAUCUUCAAACUGUGGUGGUAUUCUUAGAGCUACUCCCCAAGGUCAAGUUUUAACUUCUCCUGGCUACCCAGUCGGCUGUCCGGGUGGUUUGGAAUGCAUGUACAUAAUUGAAGCUCAACCUGGCCGUAUUAUCUCAUUGGAAAUCGAAGACCUAGAGUUAGGUAUGAACAGAGAUUACAUAGUCAUCAAAGAUGGAAAUACUCCAUCUAGCCCAGUGCUUGCUCGCUUAACAGGCCCAGGUGAAGAAAACCAAAAGGUAGUUAUUUCUACUACGAACCAUUUAUACAUGUACUUCAGGACAAGUUUGGGAGAUUCUAAGAAAGGUUUCAACAUGAGAUAUUCUCAAGGAUGUAAAGCAACAAUUAUUGCGUCCAAUGGAACUUUCACUUCACCCGCAUACGGUCUAACUAACUAUCCUAAUAACCAGGAAUGUUUAUACAGAAUAAAGAACCCCAAUGGUGGUCCCUUGUCUCUCAAAUUCGACGAAUUCAAUAUCCACCCAUCUGAUGUUGUACAAGUUUUUGACGGGUCUAGUACAAAUGGACUGAGAUUACACUCUGAAAAUGGAUUUACGGUGAAACCUAGAAUAACACUUACUGCAUCUAGCGGUGAAAUGUUAAUAAGAUUUGUAUCUGAUGCAUUACAUAACGGCGAGGGAUGGAAGGCAACGUUCUCAGCAGACUGCCCACCUCUCAAGUCCGGAAUCGGAGCAUUAGCAUCAAACAGAGAUACCGCAUUUGGUACAGUUAUCACAUUUACAUGCCCUAUUGGCCAAGAAUUUGCAACGGGUAAAUCUAGAAUCACAACUCAAUGUUUAGACGGUGGAAAAUGGUCAACCACAUACAUACCGAGUUGCCAAGAGGUAUAUUGUGGACCAGUGCCACAAAUCGACAACGGAUUCUCUAUUGGAUCAACCAAUGUCACUUAUCGAGGUGUCGCGACGUACCAAUGUUACGCUGGAUUUGCUUUCCCAACUGGCCAGCCUAUUGAGAGGAUUUCUUGUUUAGCUGAUGGCAGAUGGGAAAGAACGCCUACUUGUCUUGCAUCUCAAUGUGUGGCCUUACCAGAAGUCCCACACGCAAACGUCACAAUUCUUAACGGCGGAGGGCGUAGCUAUGGUACAAUCGUACGAUAUGAAUGUGAGCCUGGUUACGUGCGGUCAGGUCAGCCUGUCCUCUUGUGUAUGAGCAACGGAACUUGGUCUGGAGACGUUCCUUCCUGCUCAAAGGCUUUGUGCCCGAAGUUCCCUGAAAUUAAGAACGGAUUUAUAGUGGACCAGACCAGAAUAUACAUGUACGGAGACGAAGCUCGAGUACAAUGUUAUAAAGGAUAUAAACUAAACGGACCCAGUGUGCUAAAGUGCGGACCGAAUCAAGACUUCGACGCGGCUCCUACCUGUGAUGACAUCAACGAAUGUCUGAGCAGCCAAUGCGACAGUGUCUCCACAGACUGCAAGAACACGCAAGGUGGUUUCUUCUGCCCUUGCCGACCUGGGUUCGCUCCCAGCUUGGACUGCAGACCAGUGGGCGAUCUCGGACUUAUCAAUGGUGCUGUGCCCGAUGAAUCUAUUACAACUUCAGCUCCGGAGCCUGGAUAUCACAAAGGAAUGGUCCGAUUGAACAAUGGAGGUGGAUGGUGUGGAAACAACUUGGAAGCUGGAGCAAACUGGAUUCAAGUGGACUUGAGAGCGCCAACUAUCAUCAGAGGUUUCAGAACCAUGAGUGUGAUGCGAGCUGAUGGCAACAUUGCUUUUACUUCCGCGAUUAGAAUUCAAUACACUAAUGACUUGACUGACGUCUUCAAAGAUUAUACGAACCCAGACGGUACUGCUGUUGAAUUCCGUAUCCUAGAACCUACUCUAUCAGUUUUGAACCUGCCAGUGCCCAUUGAGGCGCAAUAUGUCAAAUUCAAGAUCCAAGACUACGUAGGCGCUCCUUGUUUGAAGAUUGAAAUUAUGGGAUGUGCUCGAUUGGACUGCAAUGACAUCAAUGAAUGUUCGGAAAACAACGGUGGAUGUGAACAGAAGUGUAUUAACACGCCUGGAAACUUCUCAUGUUCUUGCAACCUUGGUUAUGAACUGUACUCAAGCAAUGGAACAGCUGGUUUCGCUAUUGAAACAUCUGAAACUGGUGAACGAGAUGGCGAUACUUACCAAAGAAAUAAGUCUUGUGUACCCGUCAUGUGCCCCCCUCUUUUGUCGCCCGAAAAUGGAAAACUGCUGUCUACAAAGAAAUCGUUCCACUUUGGUGAUAUUGUACAAUUCCAAUGUGAUUUCGGAUAUGUUAUGUCAGGAUUCUCAUCACUUCUUUGUACAUCAAGUGGCACAUGGAAUGGAACAGCUCCUGAAUGUCAAUAUGCUCGUUGUGUAACUUUAUCUGAUGAUAAAAACGAUGGACUGAAGGUCAUAAGGGACGACCCAGAAAGUGUAUUAGUACCUUACAGGGACAACGUAACAGUCACUUGCACGUCUCCAGGGCGACACCUAAGAAACACAUUGACAUCAUCUUUCAGACAGUGUGUUUACGAUCCUAAACCAGGUUUUCCCGAUUACUGGUUGUCUGGUGCUCAACCACAAUGUCCCAGAAAAGACUGUGGCGUGCCGAUGCCAACUCCAGGAUUCGUCUACAGUCCACUUGUUGACACAAAAUACCAAAGCUCUUUCUUCUUCGGUUGCCAAAAUACUUUCAAAAUGGCAGGGCAAUCUAGCAAGCACGACAAUAUUGUUAGAUGUCAAGCCAACGGCAUUUGGGACUUCGGAGACCUAAGGUGCGAAGGACCAGUAUGCGAGGACCCAGGCAGGCCAGCUGAUGGUUAUCAAAUCGCAAGAAGCUAUGAACAUGGAUCUGAAGUUUUAUUCGGAUGCUCGAGACCUGGAUACAUCCUGAUCAACCCUAGACCCAUCACUUGCAUACGGGAACCAGAAUGCAAAGUCAUUAAGCCUCUCGGACUUGCAUCUGGAAGAAUACCUGACUCGGCCAUUAACGCUACCUCAGAAAGACCUAAUUACGAGGCCAGAAACAUUAGGCUUAACUCAGUAACGGGUUGGUGUGGUAAACAAGAAGCUUUCACAUACGUGAGUGUCGACCUAGGAAAAGUACACAGAGUGAAAGCCAUUUUAGUAAAGGGUGUCGUGACAUCCGACAUUGUUGGCCGACCUACCGAAAUCAGACUGUUUUACAAGACCAACGAAAGUGCCAACUAUGUUAUUUACUACCCUAACUUCAACCUAACGAUGCGAGACCCAGGAAACUACGGAGAACUGGCAAUGAUUACGCUGCCUAAAUAUGUACAGGCUAGGUUCGUGAUUUUGGGCAUCGUCAGUUUCAUGGAUAAUGCUUGUUUGAAAUUUGAACUGAUGGGAUGCGAUGAACCUUCUCCUGAUCCACUGUUGGGUUACGAUUAUGGAUACUCUCCUUGUGUUGAUAACGAGCCUCCAGUUUUCCAAAACUGUCCUCAGCAACCAAUUAUAGUGCAAACUGAUGUAAACGGGGGUCUUCUUCCUGUAAACUUUACGGAGCCGACCGCAACGGAUAACUCGGGCGCAAUUGCCCGUUUAGAAGUUACUCCACAGCAUUUCAGAACUCCAAUACAAGUAUUCCACAACAUGGUUGUUCGUUAUGUUGCCUUUGAUUUCGAUGGCAACGUCGCCAUUUGUGAAGUGAACAUUACCGUGCCUGACUAUACUCCUCCAAAACUGAGCUGCCCGCAAAGUUACGUCAUUGAAUUAGUCGAUAAACAGGACAGUUACGCUGUAAACUUCAACGAAACUCGCAGACGUAUAAACGCAUCGGAUGCAUCAGGCGAAGUCUUCCUAAAAUUCAUUCCGGAGCGCGCAGUUAUACCCAUUCGUGGCUACGAAAAUGUCACAGUGAUCGCCUCGGACAAGUAUGGAAAUAAGGCUCAAUGUAACUUCCAAGUUUCGGUUCAAGCUACACCAUGCGUGGAUUGGGAAUUGAUGCCACCAGCACACGGAGCCCUCAACUGCCUCCCUGGAGAUAGAGGAAUACAGUGCAUAGCUACUUGCAGCCCAGGGUUCCGAUUCACAGACGGUGAACCUGUAAAGACUUUCAUUUGCGAAACCAAACGACAAUGGGUCCCAACCGCCGUUGUGCCGGAUUGUGUUUCUGAAAAUACGCAACAAGCCGCCUAUCAUGUAAUAUCAAGUGUGCAGUACCGCGCACUCGGUGCCGUCUCAAACGCCUGCUUACCUCAAUACAAAGACUUGUUAGCACAAUAUGACAAUAUCCUAAACGAGAGGCUAUCCCAACGUUGUUCUGCCGUCAACGUAAACGUAAACGUUACCUUCGUCAAAGUCAUGCCAACUCUCUUGGACGAAAACGUCGUGAAAAUGGACUUCGUUUUAUCGAUUACACCUGACAUCAGACAGACACAAGUUUACGAUCUUUGCGGUUCAACAUUGAAUCUGAUUUUCGAUCUAUCGGUCCCUCACGCCAGCGCACUUAUUGAACCUGUGCUUAAUGUUUCGUCAAUUGGCAAUCAAUGUCCUCCGUUGAGAGCUAUAAGGAGUUCGAUUUCCAGAGGUUUCACUUGCAGCGUCGGCGAAGUAUUAAAUAUGGACACGAAUGACGUACCAAGAUGCUUGCACUGUCCGGCCGGUACUUUUGCUGGUGAAAAACAAAAGUCCUGUACUAUGUGCCCACGUGGAUAUUUCCAAAACCAAGCGAGACAAGGUUCAUGCCUUAAGUGCCCACAAGGAACAUUCACGAGAGAAGAGGGCUCUAAGGAUAUCACCGACUGUGUACCUGUCUGCGGAUUUGGUACUUUCUCGCCAACUGGUUUAGUACCAUGUCUAGAAUGCCCACGAAACAGCUACUCUGGAGAGCCACCAAUCGGUGGAUUCAAAGACUGCCAAGCUUGUCCUGUAAACACCUUUACAUACCAACCUGCAGCACCUGGUCGAGACAGGUGCAGAGCCAAAUGUGCUCCCGGUACUUACUCGCCAACUGGAUUAGCUCCUUGCUCGCAAUGUCCUAGAAACUUCUACCAGAACUUAGCUGGUCAAACACUAUGCAGCGAAUGCCCUACCAACAUGAAAACAGUUGGCACAGGAGCUACAGGACUCGAGGAAUGUAUUCCAGUAGAGUGCUCUAACAGCGCUUGUCAACACGGUGGACUUUGUGUACCUAAAGGUCACGGCGUCCAAUGCUAUUGCCCAGCUGGUUUCUCCGGACGCAGAUGUGAAAUCGAUAUUGAUGAAUGUGCUAGCCAACCUUGCUACAACGGAGGAACUUGUACUGACCUACCCCAGGGUUAUAGAUGCUCAUGCCCAACAGGAUAUGGUGGCAUUAACUGUCAGGAAGAACGAUCAGAGUGCAGAAAUGACACCUGCCCUGAACGAGCUAUGUGCAAAGAUGAACCCGGCUUUAACAAUUAUACUUGUCUAUGUAGGUCUGGUUACACUGGUAUUGAUUGUGAUAUAACGGUUGAUCCCUGCACAGCUAAUGGCAACCCCUGCUCAAACGGCGCUACUUGUACUGCUCUCCAACAAGGAAGAUUUAAGUGCGAAUGUCUGCCAGGAUGGGAAGGACAACUAUGUGAAAUUAACACUGACGACUGUAUUGAGAAACCGUGUCUUCUUGGCGCGGCUUGCACAGAUUUAGUAAAUGACUUCAGUUGCGCGUGUCCACAAGGUUUCACAGGAAAACGAUGCCACGAAAAGAUUGACUUGUGCUCUAAUGAACCAUGCAAACAUGGUAUUUGUGUUGACAAACUAUUCGUUCAUCAAUGCAUUUGUGACCCAGGUUGGUCCGGACCUUCUUGCGAUAUCAACAUCAACGAGUGCGUUAUUUCGCCUUGUGAAAACGGAGGCCAAUGUAUUGACAGUAUUGACGACUUUACUUGCAUUUGUGAAGCUGGAUACACCGGGAAGAGAUGUCAGCAUACGAUUGAUGACUGUUUAUCGGACCCAUGCCAGAACGGAGCAACUUGUGUUGACCAAAUAGAUGGCUUCAUUUGUAAAUGUCGCCCAGGUUUCAUUGGUCUGCAAUGUGAGACGGCAAUUGAUGAAUGCUUGAAUGAACCAUGCAACCCGGUGGGUACAGAGCGAUGUGUGGAUCUUGACAAUAAAUACCAAUGCAUGUGCAGAGAAGGCUUCACUGGAGAGAUGUGUGAAACUAAUAUCGAUGACUGUGCGUCAGAUCCUUGUUUCAACGGCGGAUCUUGCAAAGAUGAAAUAGGAGGUUACAAAUGUAGCUGCCAACCGGGCUGGACUGGAAAGCGCUGCGAAAAGGAUAUCGGAAACUGCAUGAACAGACCUUGUCAAAACAACGCCAGAUGUAUUGAUCUCUUCCAAGAUUUCUUCUGCGUGUGCCCAAGUGGAACAGACGGAAAACAAUGUGAAACUGCACCCGAAAGGUGUAUUGGCAGCCCUUGUAUGCACGGCGGCAAAUGCCAAGACUUCGGCUCUGGUCUGAACUGCACAUGCUCUCAGGACUUCGUCGGCGUUGGUUGCCAAUACGAAUUCGACGCGUGUGAAGCUGGUCUCUGCCAGAAUGGAGCCACUUGCAUCGACGAAGGCGAAGAUUACACUUGCAUCUGCGCACCAGGCUUCAAAGGAAAGAACUGUAAUGAAGACAUUAUUGACUGCAAGGAGAACUCAUGCCCGCCUUCCGCUACAUGCAUCGAUCUACCUGGACGCUUCUAUUGCCAGUGCCCAUUCAAUCUCACUGGUGACGACUGCAGAAAAACUAUAAGUGUCGACUAUGACCUGUACUUCAGCGACCCUCUGCGCUCGAGCGCCGCUCAAGUGGUACCAUUCGAUACAGGCUCCACAGACAGUUUGACGAUCGCUAUGUGGGUACAGUACACACAACAAGAUGAGGGUGGCGUUUUCUUCACGGCUUACAGCGUCAGCAAUUCCCACAUCGCUCUUAACAGACGGCCAGUAAUCCAGGCGCAUUCGAACGGUGUACAAGUAUCCCUAUUCCCUGAACUUCAAGACGUGUACUUGAGUUUCGGAGAGUUUGCAACAGUUAACGACGGACAAUGGCAUCACGUUGCGUUAGUCUGGGACGGCAGCAACGGUGGAGAGUUAACUUUAAUCACUGAAGGACUAAUCGCCAGCAAACUUGAGGGAUACGGCAGUGGACGAUCACUACCUCAAUAUCUAUGGGUGACCCUGGGUAAACCUCAAUCUGACAACCCUAAGGCAUACACAGAAUCAGGCUUCCAAGGUCACCUGACGAAAGUACAAAUAUGGAACCGCGCUCUCGAUUUCACUAACGAAAUUCAGAAGCAAGUCCGCGAUUGUCGCACUGAGCCCGUCCUAUACAACGGCCUGGCCCUUACUUGGGCUGGAUACGACGAUAUCGUUGGUGGAGUAGAGAGGAUAGUUCCUUCACACUGCGGCCAAAGAGUUUGUCCUAACGGAUACACUGGAUCUAAAUGCGAGCAAUUACAAGUAGACAAGGAACCACCACGUGUCGACCGCUGCCCUGGAGAUCUCUGGGUCAUUGCCAAGAACGGUUCAUCUGUCGUCAGCUGGGAUGCGCCAGUCUUCAGUGACAACGUUGGAGUAGCAAGGAUUGUGGAGAAUUCAGGCCACAAACCUGGCCAGAACCUUGCUUGGGGAACAUACGACAUUGCUUACGUCGCGUAUGAUGCUGCUGGCAAUACAGCUACUUGCACCUUCAAAGUAACAGUAUUAUCUGAAUUCUGUCCUCCUCUGGUGGACCCACUUGGAGGCUACCAAUCCUGUCGCGAUUGGGGAGCGGGUGGUCAGUUCAAGGUGUGUGAAAUCGCCUGUCGCGACGGCCUACGAUUCUCACAACAAGUACCGCCAUUCUACACUUGCGGAGCUGAAGGCUUCUGGCGGCCGACUACCGACCCCAGUCUACCAUUGGUCUACCCAGCUUGCUCACCGGCUUCACCAGCUCAACGAGUAUUUAAGAUCUCCAUGCUGUUCCCAAGUUCGGUUCUCUGCAAUGACGCCGGUCAAGGCGUACUCCGACAGAAAGUCCGCACCGCUAUCAACCAGCUCAAUAGAGACUGGAACUUCUGCUCUUAUGCUAUUGAUGGUACUCGGGAAUGCAAAGAACUGGACAUAAACGUGAAAUGUGACCACAGAGCCAAUGUACGACAGACACGUCAAGUAUCGUCUCCGCCUAGCACUCCUACUGAAGACACGUAUGUUCUGGACGCAAUCAUCCCAGUGGAAGAGACUCGGAGCAGUAGGGAGGGCAGACAAGCGGGCGAUACCUACAGCGUUGAGAUCUCAUUCCCGUCUGUCAACGACCCAGUCAUCCACAGCGGAAACAACGAGCGAUCCACUGUGCAAAGGUUACUGGAGAAGCUUAUUCUCGAAGACGAACAAUUCGACGUACGAAACAUCCUUCCGAACACAGUCCCUGACCCAGCGAGUUUGCAGUUGGUGUCUGACUACGCCUGCCCGAUGGGACAGGUCGUUAUGGCCCCUGAUUGCGUGGCCUGCGCCGUUGGUACCUACCUCGACGUGGCGAGCGACUCCUGCAAGCCGUGUCCGACUGGCACCUACCAGUCCGAGGCCGGUCAACUGCAGUGCAGCACUUGCCCCUCCAUCGCUGGCCAGCCAGGAGUCACCCAAGCGGCCGGCGCGAGAAGCGCUGCUGAUUGCAAAGAGAGAUGCGCCGCCGGCAAAUACUACGACGCCGAGUCAGAACUAUGCAGGCCUUGCGGGCAUGGGUCAUACCAGCCGAAGGAAGGCGCCUUCGCUUGCAUAUCGUGCCCGAGGGGCCAGACCACGAGAGCGACUGAGGCCGUGUCCGCCGCUGAGUGCAGGGAGGACUGUCCUUCAGGCGAACAGCUAAGCAGCGAAGGUGGUUGCGAGGCGUGUCCCCGUGGCACUUGGCGUUCUAUCGGCUCGGGAGCCGCCUGCGCUUCCUGCCCGCCUGGUACCACCACUCCUCAAACUGGUGCUGCAUCACCAGACCAAUGCACUCUACCUGUCUGCAGACCUGGUUCCUAUCUCAACGUUACACUGAACUCGUGCAUACAGUGCAAGAAGGGUACAUACCAGUCGGAAGCUCAACAAACUGACUGCAAGGCUUGUCCCAUCAACACGAGUACUAAAGAAGCUGGAGCGACUUCAGAAUCGGACUGCACCAACCCAUGCGAGAUGAGCGGCCCUGAGAUGCAUUGCGACGUGAACGCGUAUUGUCUACUUAUGUCAGACACCAACGAGUUCAAGUGUCAGUGCAAGCCCGGCUUCAAUGGCACUGGAAAAGUGUGCACAGACGUAUGCGUGGACUUCUGCGACAACGGAGGCGAGUGCGUGAAGGACACGCGCGGCGAGCCCUCGUGCAGAUGCACGGGGUCAUUCACCGGCCGCCAUUGCAGGGACAAGAGCGAGUUUGCGUACAUCGCCAGCGGCGUCGCCGGCGGUGUCAUAUUCAUUAUCUUCCUGGUGCUGCUUGUAUGGAUGAUCUGUGCCAGGUCAACAAAGAGGAAAGAACCAAAGAAGACGCUGACGCCAGCGAUAGACCAGAACGGGUCGCAAGUGAACUUCUACUACGGUGCGCACACGCCGUACGCCGAAUCCAUCGCGCCUUCCCAUCAUUCGACCUACGCGCAUUACUACGACGACGAAGAGGACGGCUGGGAGAUGCCUAACUUCUACAACGAAACCUACAUGAAGGAGAGCCUUCACAACGGAAUGAACGGCAAAAUGAACAGCCUGGCCAGGUCAAACGCCAGCAUCUACGGAACCAAGGAAGACCUCUACGACAGAUUAAAGAGGCACGCGUACCCGGGUAAGAAAGAUAAGAGUGACAGCGACAGUGAAGGUCAGUAAACGCAACGAAGGACUGUUUUGUCGUAUUCUGGUCAAUCUUUCAUAAUACUAUAUCGUACUAGUUUCAAUUCUCGGUGUUCCCGAACAAUAAUAGUCAAUAUUAUUGGAUGUAUCUAGAGAUGACAGGUGUCACUCGCGUAUGGGCGUAGUUAAAUAGGGCCAAGUUCAACAAGUUUUUAGACAUUUCAAAUUUACAUCACAUUUAGAUAUUUGUUGUAACUAAUAACUAAAGAGUUUAUUAUUUUUUAAAUCAUCUGGCCUUUUGCUAGGUUUGUGGACGUAUCUAAUAAAAAACAAAACGAUGAAAAAAGAUCAAUGCAAUGUAUUAAUUAAGUAGGUAUAGCAGGUAGUAUGAACCGCCAUAAGUUUUCACUACGCCUGUACUAAUGCGGUUUUCAACCGAGAGAGUGAUUCAGUAUGUUAUUGUAGAAUUUGUAUUCAGUUAGUUUAAGUUUUAGGUGUAGCUUACAAAGAAUGUGUAUUAACACACUCACUGUUUAUUUACAGCCCCCACCAAAAAUACUUUUAUAUUGUCACAAAAACACAAUAGAAUAACGUAAGGAAGACACAAAUAAAAUAAAUGUAUUGCGAAACAGUGAAUGUGUUGAUGUUCUGAGAUUAUGAUCAACGAACAAAAUGCUCAAGUAUUUUACGCGAACACUGCCAUACAGGAAAGCAGACUUUGCAGGGACAUUGUAACAACAUUCCAACAUUUCAAUAUCAUGUAAAUAUUAAUUUUAUUGAAAUAUUUGUAUAUUUAUGGUAGAGCAAUCCACGUGUUGAUAUUGAUGAUUCGUUUAUAUUGUAACUAUGGGACCUCACCACAGAAUAGAUAAUAAUAGAAAAACAAAGUUUAAUUAAGGAAAUCUUUGAAAAUCUUACAUAUUGUGUAAAUACAUAGAGUUCAUUUUAUUUCCAUGCUCUUUGCUAUUAUGACCUACCUAUCAAUAUAACAAAAUAAUAAAAGAACUGUUGAUAUUAACACAAGUGGAUUUAUAGUGAAAGUCAAGUUUGUUUGUAUUAUAAACUGGACUGUAUUUUUAACCUUAUUAUAAGCAAGGAGAGUGAAUGUGUGUAAUGUGUAUGCAUAAAUGUAAGAAUGAUUUUAUGAUUGUAGAGAAAAUAAUAAAAUUGUGUAAAGUAUCAUAUCAUUAUUUUUGUACUAAAAUAUUUUAUUAUAAGACUUGGUAAUAACAAUAAUUUAUAGCUAAUGAAACAUUUCUGUAAGCAAUUUUUGUAAAUCGUUGACUUGUGUCAAUUUUAUUGAAAAAUAAUGUUUAUUUUUUGUAACUAAACCUGUAUAAAGUU